GUAGAGGCGAGCAAGGAGGAAGGGAAAUAACCCGCAGUUUGUCGGUACUCGGUGCUGGCUCGUAUGAAGGAAUAAAGGACUUCCUGAGAGUUGACCACUUCGCCGACCUCCGUUACCAAGGAGCAGUGCGCUCAUGAUGUUGGCGCGGGCGGUGUGGGCGUGGAGCCUGGUGGGCGUGGUAGCGCUGGUGGGCUCGGCGUCUGCAAAUUGGCAGCCAUGCAAGGUCCAGUGUGACGCCAACUUUGUUAAGAAUGACUUAGCACAGUCCGCCUUGGCAAGCGUGUGCGAGCGAGGGUGUGACCUCUUCACGCUCUCCCUCAUCUCGACGCUCCAACGCUCCCCUGUUAUGCACCUGAGCUCCCUCAUCACCCCUCGAAGGCUUCCCCUCACCCCCCACACGGCGCCCCACGACCUAGAGGUCAGGGUGGAGAAGAAGGAGAAGCUGGAGAAGGAGAAAGUGGAGAAGAAGGAGAAAGUGGAGAAGAAGGAGAAAGUGGAGAAGAAUGAGAUCGUGGGAAGUGAAGAGGUCAAGCAAGCAGUGACAGAGAAGAAGAAGGAGCUGUCAAAAAAGCUGGUGGAGAAGAGGAAGAAGGAGGAGAAGGCGGCCGAGAAGAAGGACGAGGUGGUGGAGCGAGAGGAGGUGGAGGAGGCCCACAAGGCUGGCGGGACCACCAAGGUCGCCCUUGCAUCCCGCGUGCUGCACUUGCACCUCAAGAACCGCCAGACGACCACGCAGCCCGCCGACCACCCGGUUCAAGACCACCCCGCCCGCGCCGCCCACCAGGCCACCACGACCACCACCCUAGCCCCUCCUGAGGCUAACCCUGAGGCCAUGGCUGCCUCCUCCACCAAGAAAACCCCCUCCUCCCCCUCCUCCUCUCCAGCUCCCUCGUCGCCGUCCUCCUCCUCCAGCGAGACACCGAAGGCCAAGAGCCACAGCGGCGGAGACGGCUUCGCCAUGUGGAUGAAGUGCCUCAUGCACCAGGAAGCCAAAGCCGAGGUCGAACACAAGGCCAAGCUCGAGGCCAAGCACGACGUCAAGAAACUGAUCGCCAAGGAGCACAAGCACCGCGACGGCAAGGUGGAAGAGGAGCGACUCGAACAAGCCAAGCACUCUUGCAGACACGCCUGCGUGACGGCCUACAACGUGAUGAACGAGCAAGAGGCCUGCGUGGUGGGCUGCCACCUGCAGGCGACCACGGCGGCGCUGAAGCCCUCCAGGACGGCUUCGCAGGACGCCCCCUCCAAGAACCCCCUCGCAAUGUUCCAGAGGAUGGUCAUCAACCUGGCAGGCCACGUGGGCAGGCUCAUGCGCUUCACUUGGGCGUGGACCUCCCGAGGGCAGCAGGAGUGGCAGCAGCAGGAGAAGGUCGAAGUGCAAGCAAGCAAGGAGCCUGAAAAGGACUUCACUUACAUAUCCAAGGUCUCAGGACCAGUUGUUAUCAGUUUACAAGACAACGUGGACUACACCCGCACCUCUGCCUUCCGGCUCGUGUUCAUGCCAGACCAAGAGCCGCGUCGCCACCACCAGCAGAAGGCGCAGCAGCAAUUACAUCAGCAGCUGAAGCAGUCCCUAGAAGCUGUUUUGCAGUCCCGCCAGCAGAACCAGGAGGAACAGCACCAACAGCAGCAGCACCAACUCCAGCAGCAACAGCAGCAACAACAGCAGCAGCAGCAGCAGCUCGACUUGUUGGAGUGCAUUUCGAGGAAGUCCGGUCUGCCUCGCUGGUUCAUCGCCGUCACCAUCUUCACGUCCGCGCUCGUGAUCCUGUGGCUCUGCUUCACCCUCACCGCGCCCCCCGAUGACAUCAAGGUUGUUAAGACGAAGCCUCCGGAUUUCAGCGUAGACGAAAAUGACGACGGUUUCGACGACUUCGAUGACGACCUCAACAUCUCGGAGAAGAAGAAACUGCUCGCCCACGCCGAUGACGUCAUCAAAAUCCGGAUCGAAAAUGUGUAGAUGAAUGGGGAGAGAUGUGUGUGACUUCCGUGGACAUGUGUGAGGAAUUACUGAUGGAAAUGGCGAGGGAUAAAGAUGUAAUGAAUGGAGGCAAAGGAAAACGAGGGAAAGAAAACGCUGGCGCAAAGCAAUAAGGACUUUUUUGGAAUAAUCGUAUCAUACGCACAGGGUCAAAAAACAGACGUGAAAUUACAAAAAAAAAAAAUUAUAUAUAUAUCGUCAAGCAGAAAAAUAAAUACAGAACUAGGUCAAAAUAGACAUGUUACAACUGAAAUAUUUUAUUAGGAAAGAAAUUACGUUAUCACAACCUUAUAACCAGUUCGAGGGGAAAAACGCGAAAUUUAAUCUUAUUACAACACACUAAAAUUCCUAUCGACUAUAAACAUAUAAAUAAAUCAAAGAUGAAGAAACAAAAAUGGGAAAAAGAAUAUUACA